UCACAGUCGUAACAUUUAAUGUCAUGGUUAAAGUGCCUUGCCUAUUCAGAAGAAGAAGUGCUUGUGAACUUUGUUGAUAAAUAUUAAAAUGAGUACGUCCUCACAAGGACCUGAGGAUAACAGAAGUGAAACAACAUCUGAGACUGCGCAACUAGUCAGCCACGAUGAUUUAGCUUCAACUUCCAAUUAUACUCAGUUGAACAGAUCUGUUAACUAUCAAGACCCUCUAGAAGAUGAAUUUGAAGGCAGCCAUGGUGUCAGGAGGAGAAACACAGUGCAGAAGAUUGAGCCGGGGUCAACAAAUAUACUCUCUGCCAAAUUUGAAAGCUUGGACUACGACACCUGCGAGAACCACCCCCUCCUCGACGAGGAGAGGAAAAGGGGCUACGCCUUCGUCAUAUGGAAGGACUACACUCGCUGGUUCAUCUUCCUGCUCAUCGGGAUCAUCACGGCGUUGAUAGCGUUUGUCAUCGAUGUCUGUAUAGAAGAAUUCUCCGAGAUUAAAUAUAGGGAGCUUAAGAAAUCUGUGGAUGCCCACUUGCCACACCGAAUGUACGUCCCGUACCUGUUGUGGGUGUUAUCAAACAUUUGCAUAGUUUUCAUAGGUUCUGUGCUCGUCGCAUACGUUGAGCCAGUAGCAGCCGGCAGCGGGAUACCACAAGUAAAGUGUUACUUGAACGGAGUUAAAGUGCCGAGGGUUGUCCGCAUCAAAACGCUGUUCGUGAAAACCAUCGGCGUGAUCACUGCCGUGGUCGGAGGUCUCGCGGGAGGCAAGGAAGGUCCGAUGAUUCACAGUGGCGCGGUGGUAGCGGCUGGCAUUUCGCAAGGCAAGAGCACAACCUUCAACAAGGAUUUCAAGAUUUUUCACUAUUUUCGAGAAGAUCAUGAAAAGCGUGAUUUCGUGUCGGGUGGGGCCGCGGCCGGCGUGUCGGCGGCCUUCGGAGCCCCCAUCGGUGGAGUACUUUUUUCUCUAGAAGAAGGCACAAGUUUCUGGAACCAGGCGCUGACCUGGCGUACGUUCUUCGGCACCGUGGUCACCACGUUCACGCUGAAUUGCGCGCUUUCUGCGUACCACGGGCGUGCGGGGGAACUUAGUUAUCCAGGUCUCCUGAAUUUGGGCAAAAUGGAGCCGUUCCCGUUCCAAUUCUACGAGUUGCCGGUGUUCAUGUUCUUCGGCGCCGUGGGGGGGUGUCUCGGCGCCCUGUGGAAUCACAUCAACUACAAACUCUCCGUCUUCCGAAUUAGGUACAUAACCGCGCCGUGGCUACGAGUGGUGGAGGCGUGCCUAGUGGCGGCUGCAAGCGCGACUGUCGGCUUCCUCAUGAUGUACGCGCUCAACGACUGCCGCCCUCUAGGGGAGGACCCUACUAAAGUGCCCUUGCAGUUGUAUUGCGCCGACGGCGAAUAUAACGCCCUUGCCGCAGUCUGGUUCCAAACGCCCGAAGCCUCCGUGCGCUCGUUCCUGCACAACCCCAUCGGCUCAUACAACCCGUGGUCCAUACUCGUGUUCGUGUUCUGCUACUUCCUGCUGUCGGCGUGGACGUUCGGGCUGGCGGUCUCCAGUGGUCUGUUCAUACCGAACUUGCUCUGUGGUGCGGCUUGGGGCCGCCUGCUGGCUAUCCUUAUACAGCUCAUGGCGCCAGAGAAUGUGAGUAUCGGCAACCCUCGUGUUUAUGUACUUCGUGCUGUGUGUGUGACGUUCGGGCUGGUGGUGUCGAGUGGUCUGUUCAUACCGAACUUGCUCUGUGGUGCGGCGUGGGGCCGCCUGCUGGCUAUCCUGAUACAGCUCAUGGCGCCAGAGAAUGUGAGUAUCGGAAACCCUUGUGUUUAUGUACUUUGUGCUGUGUGUGUAAGGUUCGGGCUGGUGGUGUCGAGUGGUCUGUUCAUACCGAACUUGCUCUGUGGUGCGGCUUGGGGCCGCCUGCUGGCUAUACUGAUACAGCUCAUGGCGCCAGAGAAUACGAUAAUAAACCCGGGGAAGUACGCCCUAGUCGGCGCGGCGGCUCAGCUCGGCGGGGUGGUCCGUAUGACCAUAUCACUGACGGUUAUCAUCAUCGAGACCACAGGGCAGAUAUCCAACGCACUGCCGAUCAUUAUCACACUGGUCGUCGCUAAGUGGGUGGGAGAUUUUUUCAACGAGGGAAUAUACGACAUCCACAUCCAGCUAGCGGGCGUCCCAUUACUCCCAUGGGAGCCACCGCCACUCGCCCAUAACGUGUACGCCUCCGAAGUGAUGUCGCACCCCGUGUUCACGCUCCGCACCAUCGAGAACGUCGGUCAUGUGGUGGAGCUGCUCAAACUGGUGUCUUACAACGGGUUCCCGGUCGUUGACCCGCCUCUGGCUGAUGAUCAAGAAGUGCACACAUACAAGCGUCUCCGAGGCCUCAUACUGCGCUCGCAGCUGAUAGUACUCCUUCAGAACAAGAUCUACAACGAGAACGAGCACGAGAACGCCAACACCACGUGGUCCAGCUUCAAUGUGGACAUGAACAUGUUCCGGAAGGAGUACCCGCGGUACCCGUCCAUCAACGAUCUGGAGAUAUUUGACUGGGAAAAAACCUGCACGAUAGACCUGCGACCAUUCAUGAAUCCGUCUCCGUACACGUUGCCUACUCGCGCGUCGCUGCCGCGGCUCUUCCGGCUGUUCCGAGCCCUAGGGCUGCGCCACCUGCCUAUAGUCAAUGACGUGAACGAGGUGGUGGGGAUGGUGACUCGCAAAGACAUUGCCAGGUACCGCGUCUGGAGGCAUCAUUUCAGCAUGGGAAUGGAGGAGUUAGUACUCUCCAGUGAAAUUUAAUUAUGUGGUCAAAUAUUGUGUUGAAGUUAAGAGA